AUGGACGAUAAUAUCCCCAAACCCCUUCUCUCCGGACCCUACAACCCCGAAAUCUUCGCGUCGCAGCUCUCCCGCAUCACAUCCCGCUUCCUCGAGCCCGACGCGCAAGUGAGACCCGAGUUCAUCCGCAAACCUGAUCCCUUCACUCUAUACCUUGGAUACUGGGGAACGACCAGCUGGCAGGUGAAAUAUUCGUCGUUGCUCGUCCACCGGCUACAGGAUGCCUCGUACCUGGUUAAUCGGGAGCUAACGCAGCCCGAGCUUGACGCCUACGUCGAGAGCCAUAAUGUGCUUGUGUCGAAUUAUACCAGGGGAAUUCCGCUGGGGUUCCUCACGGGAGGCGCCAAGUGGCUUCUGUAUGAGAAGAACUAUAAACAUUUUCUGCAGUACGCUCCGCCGGCGGGGCAGCAGGGGAUGACGCCUCUCCGUCGAUUUACAGAGGGCACAAAGAUGAUGUACACGUGCGAUCGAGAUCUCGCGAAGAACUUGCUCUUGUCGUUGACGAGGCGGCUUCUGGUUUACACAUGCGUCGGAGCACUGGGCCUUGAGGUGGCUGGUGUGAUCAUGUCGACGCAACAAGUAUUCAAUGACCCGCGGAUGGCGCAACAUAGGGAGGAUGCGAAAAAGGUUCCACCAGAAACACUGAAAGCGCGGCGGGCCCAGGCUACCAAGGACCGUCUGGCACGGAAGAACCAGGCUGCGCAGUCGAGCGACGAGCCCACUCCGCAGAAUGGAGGUUACGAUGAGAGCGGGUAUGCGAUGGAUUCGGGGGGCAUGGGCUCUGCAACUGCCUCUGGUACAACAGCCUACCCUUCGUCUGGGACCGCGAGCGCAUCCGCAACUGGAACAUACAGCUACGGCUCCCGCGCACCAGCAGAACAAAGCAAAGGAACGGGCUUCUUCGACGACGACGACGACGCGAGCCCAACAGCACCAGAGUACCGAGGAAUCGUACGACGCGAAAACGCCGCCGCCGGGCAAGGAAGCGCCUGGGAGCGGCUCCGAAACCAAUCUCAGAGUGGAAUUCCGUCGGAAUCCGGAUCAGUCGCCUCGGGCGGAAGCGCGUGGAAUCAGUCGGAGGCCUCCGUUUCUGCUAGCGAUAGUCAGCGGGAGCGGAAGCGCGCUCAGGCGGAGUUCAACCGGCUGCUUGAUGCAGAGCGGAAUCAGUCAAAUGAUGGGUCUAACCGAGGUGCGUGGAGAUAG